GAGGAGGUGGGGGGCAGGGGGCGGGGCUACCUCAGGUCCCGCCCGUGGCGCGGCCUGUGGGCUGCGAGGAGGAGCCUUGCCUAACUUGCAGGCAGCGCAGGGCAGACGGCGGCAGGAGAAGCGGUCGUGGGCAGGAUGAAUGCAGGCUCAGAUCCCGUGGUCAUCGUCUCGGCGGCGCGGACCAUCAUAGGUUCCUUCAAUGGUGCCUUAGCUACUGUUCCUGUCCAGGACCUGGGCUCCACUGUCAUCAAAGAAGUCUUGAAGAGGGCCACUGUGGUUCCAGAAGAUGUGUCUGAGGUCAUCUUUGGACACGUUUUGGCAGCAGGCUGUGGGCAGAAUCCUGUUAGACAAGCCAGUGUGGGUGCAGGAAUUCCCUACUCUGUGCCAGCAUGGAGCUGCCAGAUGAUCUGUGGGUCAGGCCUAAAAGCUGUGUGCCUUGCAGCCCAGUCAAUAGGGAUAGGAGACUCCAGCAUUGUGGUUGCCGGAGGCAUGGAAAAUAUGAGCAAGGCUCCUCACCUGGCUCACUUGAGAACAGGAGUAAAGAUAGGUGAGAUGCCGCUGACUGACAGUAUACUCUGUGAUGGUCUUACAGAUGCAUUUCACAACUAUCAUAUGGGUAUUACAGCUGAAAAUGUAGCCAAAAAAUGGCAAGUGAGUAGAGAAGAUCAGGACAAGGUUGCAGUUCUGUCUCAGAAUAGGACAGAGAAUGCACAGAAAGCUGGCCAUUUUGACAAAGAGAUUGUACCAGUUUUGGUGUCAUCUAGAAAAGGUCUUAUUGAAGUUAAAACAGAUGAGUUUCCUCGCCAUGGGAGCAACAUAGAAGACAUGUCCAAGCUAAAGCCUUACUUUCUUACCGAUGGAACGGGAACCGUCACCCCAGCCAAUGCUUCAGGAAUAAAUGAUGGUGCUGCAGCUGUGGUUCUUAUGAAGAAGUCAGAAGCUGAUAAACGUGGGCUUACACCUUUAGCACAAAUAGUUUCCUGGUCCCAAGUGGGUGUGGAGCCUUCCAUUAUGGGAAUAGGACCAAUUCCAGCCAUAAAGCAAGCUGUUACAAAAGCAGGUUGGUCACUGGAGGAUGUUGAUGUAUUUGAAAUCAAUGAAGCCUUUGCAGCCCUCUCUGUUGCAAUAGUUAAAGAACUUGGAUUAAACCCACAGAAGGUCAACAUUGAAGGAGGGGCUAUAGCCUUGGGCCACCCUCUUGGAACAUCUGGCUGUCGAAUUCUUGUGACCCUGUUACACACACUGGAGAGAACGGGCGGAAUUCGUGGUGUUGCAGCCCUGUGCAUUGGGGGUGGGAUGGGAAUAGCAAUGUGUGUUCAGAGAGGAUGAAUUGCUUAAACUUUGAACAACCUCAAUUUCUUUUUAAACUAAUAAAGUACUAGGUUGUUAUAUGUGAAAUCAGAGGACCAAAACACAGAUGGAAACCAUUUCCUAUAUCACAAAAACCCAAGUUUACAGCUUGUUGUACUUUAAUGUGUAAUACUUAGGUCAAGGUACAAGACAAUUGCAUUUAACAUUGUUAUAAAUAAAAGAGACAUCAGAUCAAUCA